AUGGCUGAUCAGCAGGAUGGUGACACUGAGGCGGAGGAGACUAGUGGUGAGGAGGAGACUAGUGGUGAAGAGGAGGCUGAGGAGGAUGUCGGUGCUGACCUUGAGGCGGAGUAUGAGGAGGAGUCUGGUGAUGAGGACGAUGAGAACAGGUUGUGGUAUGAGGGAGGUCUGUUUGACCUUUGCUUGUUGACUAAGUAUGGCGAACAUAUAGCUCGUGACAUAUGGAGGUCAUACAAGCGGCCAAAUUAUGAGACUAGAGGUGUGCUCAAGACCUAUAAUCAUGGGAGGAUGUGUCAUCCUGUAGUCCAUCAUGCUCGGUACAUAAGGGGUGCGGUGCAUGAUGCAGGUUUGCGGUGGGUGAUGAAAUGCACAAGCCCGAGUGUUGACCAGAGCAUUAUUUCUGCUUUUGUUGAGCGAUGGCAUCCUGAGACGUCAUCUUUCCACUUAUCCUAG